AUGCCUCCCAGCAUGUCUGCUGAAAAUCUUGAGCCAUCAGGAACACCACCUCCCCACCCUUCCACAACUUUCCACCACGACACGCAGACCUUCUCCUCGAUGGAAGAAGGUACUAAGGGAGAUGAGCAGAGUUUAACGGAAGGACUUUCACUUCCUGAAGAGGAUGAGACUCCAGAGAAAGACCAGUACCUGGAGAGGGAGGCAAAUUACCUGAAAGGAAACGAGUAUCAGUUUGAACAGGAUUAUCUGAAGGGCCAUGAGAAUCUGCAGAAGAAAGAGCUCCUGGAAGGGAAAAUAUAUCUGUAUGAGAAGUUUCUGGAAGCAGACUUAAAGGCUCAUUCUUCACAAACCCUGCCUGGUCUUAAAGCAAGCAGCAGGCCUCUUCUCGAGGACACGAUGCCAUCUACAUCGUUUGUCAAGCACAAGGGAGAGUUUCCAACCUCCCAGGACCAGAGUACACAGACAGACUGGAUUUAUGAAAGCAAGACAGUAGUUUCAAUAUCAAGAUCUCUAGGAGAGGAAGAAUCAACAACGACUCUAGCCACCUUCAAGUCUGAGUCACAAGCCUUUGUUCCCACUGAAGAACCACAAAUGGCAGGAAAGGCCACGGAGUUUGAUUACAAAGAGAGCUUUUGGGACCGUGUAUUAAAAGACCCCAUUGGCACGCUGGAAGAUGAUGAGGUCUUCGAAGACGAAGUUUCGGCCACCUCCUAUCAGUCGGUGUUCAGGACUGUGCUCAAAGAAAUGGCUGUUCGCAACGAACUGGAGGAGGAUAUUACCAUUCCCCUGACUGGUCAUCUGGAGGGUGAAACCAGAAGGAAGCUGGGAAUUCUGUUGAAGAAAAAUUUUGAAAACUACAAGAAGACGAUCCUCUGGAUUAUGAGGAAACGGGAAACCUUAUAUACCCAAAGGACUGCAGAGAGCACUUUCACGUUUCACUUAUGUAAUAUACCACUACAAGACGAGGAGGAGGAGAUGGAGCCAGAGAAACAUCGUCGUGUUGCUCGCCGUACGAAGAUGUUAGAACUAGAUAUGGACUGGAUCAACAGCAAGAUUAAGGUACUUCAAGGUGAUGGAAAAAUAAUUCUCUACCCCGAUGAGAUUAUCUUCCAAAUUCUCUUUCCUGAUGGAUCAGGCCAGAUAUAUUACCCAUCAGGACACCUGGCUAUGCUCAUCCUCAGUAUAAAAGAGAGCAAGUUCACUUACAUCAUUCUGGAAGACAGUGCAAAAACCUGCAUCCGGGCCCUUAUCAACAACUCUGGCCAUGCCACCUUCCAUGAUGAAAAUGGAGACAUCUGGUUGAGCCUGAGCCAAAACCUGGGCUACUACUUCGCCAGAGACGAAUACCAGAAGGCCUGGAACUGGUGGGAUCUCAGCCUGCACGUGCACGCGCCCCCCGUCCAGCCCAUCUCCUUGAAAAUCAACCGGUACGUCGAGGUACAAAUCAAGAGCCAGGACAAGAUCAUCUUCCACUUCACCCACCGCGAGAAGCACGUUUGCUUGAACCUGGGCACCAAGUUCAAGUACAUUACCCUGGAGGUGCUGAGCGAAAUGAAAAAGAAACCGAUCCUGGAGAUGGAAGUCAGUCCCACGGCUCGGAAGAUCCAUGUCCUUCUGGGGAAAAUGAGUGGGAUCCUGAGGCUACUGACCAUCCCCGACUUGGAAAGCUUCAUACGUUGCGUCAAGCUCUUGCCAACAAGCCGACACAGGCUGCCGGCUCGCGGCACAGCCGCUGUGAAUGUCCCGGACAUGAAAGUGCUUGCUUUUCAAAGAACUACGGAAAUGGAAGGCAAUGUGCAGAAAGUUGGUAACCCUCGCAUCAUGCGUGCGACCUGCUAUUCACUGGGCUUCCUGCCUCCUCACUGUGCCAGCCUAAAGACCCCUAAUUGGUACCUCCCCCUCACCAACACUGCCUACUGUACCGUGAGAUUCUCAUUAAAGACACGCAAGCGCCCACCACAAGGAGGCUGCAGCCCCCGCCUGCUUCCGAAUGCUCUGUACCGAAGCCAUUCACAGAGUACAGAUUCUGGGACCUUACACGAGGCCCUGUAUCCUGAAACUACCUCACAUCAAACAUGCAGAAAGAGAAUACCCUGA